UUGUAUUCUGCUUCUCACUUCGUCGCGGCUGGACGCGUCUUUAAUUUUUAGGAUAGUUUAGCAUUUGUAAGCGAAAUAAUUGAAUAUCUCAACUGCACAGGGCAGUGAAUAAAGUGAAAAGAAAGAAAAGCAGCGUGCCCUGUCUAUUGUACUAUUUGUUUUGUUCACAUUUAUCGUAAUCCCCGCGCGUCCUCUCUCACUCUUUCGCUAUUAACUUCAUUGUAAAACUUAAAACGCACAUUGAACAAUUUGGUUUUAAAUAUUACUGUACUCGGAUAACAAAUUGCCAGUUAAAACAAACCAACACCAAUUUACAUAAUAUUGGAAAAACACGGAAAAAAAUAACAAAACACACACACACGGGCUGGCAAAUUGAUAGACGGAGGAUGUGUACGUGUGUGUAAACAGCGAGAUCAAAUAGUGAAAUGCAAAAGUGUUUUUCAAUUGAAAAGCGGACGACAGAAAAGUGAAAAUUAAAGCAAUUGGCGACUUACAUAUUUGCAUUGCAUUUGGAACACAGAUUCAGUGAAAACAAGUGAAAAUGUCGAAUGCAGAAGACGGCGAACUGGAUCCGCAAAUUCAGAUUGAAUUGGAGAAUCUCAAUAGUGCAACCGAUGAGAUUAAUAAGUUAGAAAUUGAGCUAGAGGAGGCAAAUUCCACUUUUCGCAUCCUAUUAAAUGAAUCAACGCGUCGCCUUAAGCUCUCCUCCAAGAAGUUGGGCAACUGCAUAGAGAAAGCUCGACCUUACUACGAGGCUUUGGAUAAGGCACGCGAAGCACAAAUCGAAUGCCAGAAGGCGGCAGUUAAAUUCCAACGUGCUAAUGAAAUCCAUGCCGCGGCAAAGGAAACGGUAGCGCUUGCCGAGCAACGAUUUAUGUCCAAUUCGCACGAAUGGCAGUUCGACAAUGCCUGGCAGGAGAUGCUCAACCAUGCUACCCAAAAGGUGAUGGAUGCAGAGACCCAGAAAGCCGACUGUCAUGCCGAGCAUCAGAGGCUCACCAAGUUAUUUAACACCGCCGAGCAAAAACUUCAGCAGCUGGAGGAUCGCUUCCGGCGGAGCAUCAACAAGUCGAGACCGUACUUCGAGGAGAAACAAGUGUGCCAGGACCAGCUGCAGACACAAAAGAAUCGCAUUCAGGAAUUGCAACAGCAGGUGGCCGGUGCGAAGAGCACUUAUUCCACGGCCUUGCGUAAUCUGGAGAGAAUCAGCGAGGAUAUACAUAGGCAGAGAGGUGAUUUUCCAACUCCGCCGGGACCCCGCGAGCCGGGUGUGGGGGCGGAGUUGAAUUCGCCGACUUCCAGUGCCUUGCCAUCGCUACCAGAUUUCCAAAUGGAGCUGGAGAAAUGCGAUUAUCCCUCCAUAGCUGGCAGUCAGAUGUCCCUGGGUGCUAAAACUCCUCUAGCAGCUGCCGAAACUGAAGAUGAGGAGGAUGCAUGCGACUAUGAUGAGACGGGAGCUGGUGAACUCAGAGGCGUGGUAGAUGAACGUGAUUUGGAAGCCCUACGUCAGAAGGUUAAGAUCCUAGCAGUGCGUCCCAUUGAGGGUGGAGAUGGUCAGCAGCAGAAUGAUGUGUGGGAGCAUGAACUCAAGGACACGGUUGACAAACUGGAUCAUUUGAUGAUGCUCAAAGAAACGGCCAAGAGGCAGCAAACAAACCGUUUGAAGUCCACCGAACAGCGACCCGAUUCUCUAGGUGCGGAGGCUAUGAAACGCCACUGUGAUGUGGUUGAGGUGAAGGUCACUACCUGCGCCACUACAGCCAGCUUGCCAGUCACACCCCACCACCAGCUGAAUCACCUUGCACCGCCCACGCCUAUCAAGAAGCUGCAACAGCAGCUGGCUCCCUUGCCCUCGGUUAAUGUCUCAAUGCGGGAGUUGCCCUUGUUGGCAAGGUUAUCCAACGAGCUCCUGGAUCGCAGCAGUGCUGCCUUCGGAGGAGUGCGCAAGACGCUGCGCCGGCGCUCUCUAGAAUAGUGAGCAUCUGGGGGGCCAGAGGAGCCGUUCCCAGCCAGCCCCAUAUCAGAUUUGUUUAUAUUAAAUGAAUAAUGAAAUAAUUGUAAAACGUUAAACGCCGCAUUUAAAUGUGCACCACUCUCAAAUAAGUCUACACUUACAUGAUAUAUACACCAUCUAUUUUCGUAUAAAUGUUGAUUACAUUCUAAUCUAUUGUCUCCGUAUUUGUUUCUCACUGUUAACUACUUUAACUAUGUAAAUGUUUUGUGAUUUGAGAAAGCGAAAUGAAAACGAUUGAUUGAUAUGCAAACAAUAAGCAGCUUUAAGUUAAUGUUUAAACCUUAAACUAAUAAAACCAGGUAGACUCACUAAUUUAAAUCAAAUGGGCACAUGCACUAAAUAGUUUAGCCUAAAAAUACCACGAAAAUGAAACUCUGAAUAAAUACAAGUGUCGAAAUGUAA